GCGCGCAGGGUUGUUAGUGUGGAUUGUGGACCUACAGAGAAAAAGUUUGCACGGGAUAUUCUAGCGCACAGGAGGAAAAGUUGUUGAGAAGAUGGCAAACAAACUACAGCAGCCUCCACACCUUCAUCUGGCGGAAUUGAGCGCCACCCAGUUCAUCGACAUCUGGAACCAUUUCGAUACCGACGGCAAUGGCUAUAUCGAGGGCAAGGAACUCGAGAACUUCUUCAGGGAGUUGGAGAUUUCACGGAAAGGGGCCGGAGUGGACCCAUCAAACUCCACUUUCAAAGAGAAGAUGAAGGAGUUCAUGCAAAAGUUUGACAAGAAUGCAGAUGGGAGAAUUGAGAUGUCUGAGCUAGCUCAGAUUUUGCCCACAGAGGAAAACUUCCUGCUUUGCUUCAGAGAGUUUGUGGGAUCCAGUUCUGAAUUCAUGGCGGCAUGGCGACGAUACGAUACAGAUCGCAGUGGGUACAUUGAAGCUAAUGAACUGAAGGGAUUCCUCUCAGAUCUGCUGAAGAAAGCCAACAGACACUACGAUGACCAGAAGCUUCACGAGUACACACAGACAAUACUCAAGAUGUUUGAUCUAAACGGAGAUGGGAAGCUGGGCCUGUCUGAAAUGGCGAGGCUUCUCCCAGUUCAGGAAAAUUUCUUACUGAAAUUCCAGGAUAUCAAGCUGACCUCUGAGCAGUUCAAUGCUAUCUUCACAUUCUACGACAAGGAUGGAAACGGCUACAUUGAUGAGCAGGAGCUCGAUGCUCUGUUGCGUGACCUCUAUGAAAAGAACAAAAAGGAGGUGGACACCAAAAACCUGACUGGCUACAAGAAGAGCAUCAUGGCCCUGUCGGACGGGGGCAAGUUGUACCGCUCCGAGCUGGAGAUUGUGCUCUGCAGGGAGCCCAUGCUGUGAACCCUGACAACCAUCACCGUCUGUUUUUUGACCUUCAUGACCCUAUCUGUCCAUCCCCAGAUCACACCCACCUCCAGCUGCCUGACGACUGUAACCAGGUGCAUGUGCCGGGCAUUCCCUUUAUGAGUUUUGAAUGAAUGUGCACUGAGAAGCACAAACCAGCUCUCCCUCAUGACCCCUGUCCCCACUCGUCCCUACAGACUGACCCAGCUCUGAAGUUGCCUUCGGCUCAAUCCCUAAACUCUACAUUUAACUAAACGAAUAAAGAUAAUAAAAGGUACUUCUGCUAAUUAUGAUUGCAAUGUGAACAGGAGCGGAAUGAAAAUGAAUAUGAUAAGAUUAUUUAUUCUCAAUGCUUGGUUUGACUUUCCUCCUCUCUUUUUCUCCCGAAUCCACCUUUUUAAUGGGACUUGCGACAGCAAACGUCCCACUCUAAAUCUUUGUCAUACUUCUGACUUUUUAUUAAUGGGCCUUGCAUAAUGGGACUUGCGACAGCAAUAAUUAUUUCUAAUUUAUAGUUAUUAUUUAGAACCCUACACCUAUUACACAGUUUAAGCUAGAAACUUUAAAACGCGUAGACAGGCCUGGAAUAGUGUGCUAGUAUACAACUUUUUUAUAACAUUUAUACUUGUUUAAACUAUUAAGCUUUUUGUUUUUCUUAUCCUUCUCCAUCAACUUUCAAGGGAUUUCCUCAACAUUCUAAAGGGGCCCAUUGUGACACCAAUAUUCUAUAGGUCAUUAUCAAUAAAACAUCACAAUACGGUGCAGAGCAUUCGAUUUGGCUGCUGGGGGGCAAGGAGACCCUCAACUCCGCUAAAACCAUUGACAACUGCGUGCCGUUUUCAAGGGGUAAAUGUUACAAGUAUUUGGUUUUAAUAUAAUCUAAUCUUGAAGAGGAUAGUCAGAACUACACAUUUCCGAUUAUUCCACAUUAAUGUAUCAUCAGAGUUAUAGAGCAAGUAACUGCAUGUUUUUCAUGAUCAGUAAACAUCAAUCGAUCAUGUAUGUUAAGAUACAUGAGGGUAGCCUAUCCAUUUGGCAAGUAGCUGGCUAGCUAGCUAAGCAAACAACGUGUCAUCUAGCCUUGCUUCCUCAGAAAUUAGGCUUUUGGAACGAGCUUUAGAUCGGUAAAUCCUCGUCCUGGUAAAGUUGUCAGUUGGACUACUGGCAUCCCCCCUAUAGAUGGCAAGCAAAUCAAGCAAUAUUUGGAUAUAGCCAUCUAGUUUAUCCCCUGAAAGUUAGCUUGUUAACUAGCCAUAUUGACGUGAUGUGUUAUUAGCUAGCUAACCAAUUUGACGUUGUCCAUCAGUCAAUGUAGCCUAUCAUGUCUGUCAGCAGCAAUCGUGAUUUAACAUUCUUAAAAACACUGUUGAAAAGGGGAUAACUUUAGCUAACUUCGCUAGGUAGGACUAUGUUGGUUGGAGGAAAAAAGUACAUUAGGUCCACUUACCACUAUGUUUAGACAACUGUACAACAUUUAUAUCAGUACGGUAGCUUGCAAAGUAAACAUCAGCUAACAGUACAUCGGCAAAUGCGCCCUUCUGCUGCUUGAUAGGCAGAUCCCACAAAUGAUGGGAAAUUAACCUGAACCAGUCAUACUUGUCAGGUAUAGUUCACGUUGAUUUUCUAAAACUCAAAUAUCCAAUAUUGAAAGAUAUCGUGAGGUUACCCUCACAUAUCUGAAAUUACAUGAUCAAUUAAUGUUUACUGAUCAUGAAAAGGAUGCAGUUACUUGCUGUAUAACUCAGAUGAUAGAGCUAAAAUGUGCGUAAUUGUUUUGCAUGGAAUAAUCGGAAAUGUGUAGUUCUGACUAUGCUCUUCAAGAGGUGAUGACAUUACAGCCAAAUAGUUAACAUUUAUUUAACAAUUCCGGAGCAUGGGUCUCCUUGCCCCCCAGCAGGAAAAUUGAACGCUCUGGACCUUAUUGUGACGUUUUAUUGAUAAAGACGUAUUCUAUUCGGCGUAAACAAUGUCACUUUUGACACAAUCAGCUACUUAGACCACUUUCCCAACAAAUUUGAAAAAAAACAUAGCACAUAUGAAAUAUCUAAGUCUGCUUUUCUGAUAUUCAAAACUGAAAUUAGAACAUACUUAUAUUCUACCAAUCAAACGUACAUGUGUUUCAGUAAACGCAGUUCCAACAAAUUAGACAAAAACGCAGAGCAUAUGAAAACUGCCUCUAAUUCUCAGUUUUCAAAUCUGAAAUCAGAAAAGGAAUAGCUUCUACCAAUCAUGAGGUAAAGCUGUUUAAGUAAUUGUAUCAACUGCUUUCAUUAAGGAAAAUUCCACUCAAAAACGAUUGUAUAUUUUUGUAUUUGUUUCUUUAGUCCACUGUUGAUACAGUCCCAAAGUGUUUUGCAUAUCAGCAGUCAAGUUUCCGAGAUAUAGAACUUUCAAAAUGCAUAAAGUGUCAUGUGUUUUAUAUCAUACUGUGACACUUUCUGUAUUUUGAAAGUUUUAAAGCUUGAAAACUUGAUUGCUGACAUGCAAAACAAAUUAGACUAUCAACAGUGGACUAAUGAAACAAAUACCAAAAUAUAUUUUUGAGUGGUGUUUUCCUUUCAUCUAACUUCCCACUGUUAUGUAACUUUUCCAGUGAAAGUUCCCUGGUUACCACAGCAACAUAUGGUCUCACUGAGCAUUAAUAGCCUUGCUUACUUAGUCUGUUUGAAGUGCCAAAAUUAUAAUUUUAUACAGGUAAGAAGUAAUAAACACAUUAAAACCAGUACACACACACACACUCCUUCCAUUGUCAUAGUUUAAAGGCACUGAACCGAUCAUCGUCUGUGGCGACUUCAACAAGGAUCUGCUAUCCAGGUAAAGCAAGCCCAUCUUGACAUUGUUUCAUGAUAGAGGGUACGCACGGUUGAUACAAGCUGCUACCACAGAAAAGAAUACCAGGCUGAAUCCAGUGUUCAUUUCUCAUCCACAACGUUGCCUCCAUUCAGGUGUGCUGCAGACGUACUUCAGCUAUCACAACCAUGUGUACUGCAUUUUCACUUCAGACAUCUCUCAGGUAUGAAUCUUGACCAAAACAUUGGUAUCACAUUUCACUGCUUGCAUUAGUUCUUCCUUCAUAUUACUGUAAGUAAGCAAAAGUCAAAAUACGUUGUGAAAGCAAAAUACAUUUUUAACUGUCUACAUGCUCAUGGUAAAAAAAACUAAACUACAAUUGCAUUUCAAAUAAUGAUUAUCAGAUGUAUGCUAUGCUCAGUUAACUUGUGUCCGCCCCUGGGAGCAGAGGGGCUCUGAAGGAAGGGGUUCCCCCUUUCUGGGUCCCUCUUCCCAUUUAUCCUCCUCCAGCCCAGAGAGGACUUAAUGAACAUCCUGCUGUCAUCCAAAUAUGUUGUGAAAAAAUACAGUUAGGUUUUAUUUAAAACUUCAACAAUGCCUCAUUAUCUUCUGUAAUCUGUUAUUACAGUUGUCAUAUACCGUGAUAUUCAAGUAAGAGAGUGUAUAAAAGUGUAGUCUGGAUGUAGUUAUUUCUAAAGAAAUGUGUGAUCUAACUGCCCCAUAAUCCAAGGUAAUAAGGUUGAUAAAGUAGUAUUUCAAAGUAAGCAGACCAAUUAUUUUACUACAUUUAGCUUUGACUAUAUUUAACUGCUUAGUUUAAUUAAAAUGUUUUAAACUUCUUCCACUACCACAAAAAUACUUUAAGAGUCAAAGCAAGUCCCACAAGUUUUCUUCAUGGAAAAUUACCAUCUAGUUUGUCUAUGUAUAUAAUCUGGUGUUUCAUCCUUAUAUUAUUACCCUGUUACAUUUAGAUGUUUUAUGUUGCGUUUUCUGGCUGAUACUGUUAUAAUGAGGAUGUUAUAGAAAGCAUUAAAUAAUAUAUAUUACGAUUAA